CAAGAAGUAUUACAUAAUUAUUUCACACUGUACUGCCAACCGUUCUCUUUCUCCACUCUCUUCGAGUUUCUGAUUUAUCUGUGUCUUCAGAUGAGCUUCUCGCAGCUUUCUCUCAGCUUGGUAGCUGUAUAGAAGAGUAAACAUUUCGCGAUACCUCACACAAUGUCUCUCAACUUACUCAGCCAUCUUCAGUCUUCGAGACCUGCAAGCCACGCCACGCGCACUACAUACGCGCGCUUAUUUCGUGCUCAAGGGGUUACCGGAGAACAGGCGGAGCAUCGAUGACCCCGACGACCUUUUCUGUCAGCCUGCAAGGACAUCCUCCUCUCAUUCAGUCACUCUGCAGUUAGUCAGAAGAUGUUUGACUCCCUAGCACUACGAAGUAUGGCUUGGAUGCGUGCUGUAAGAGCUGCAACAGCCACCAGGGGGGCAGUGUGCAGCAGAUGCCUCGCUACAAACCCAGAGUCUGAGGUUCAGUCGCCGCCACGGACCCCAUCAGGCAUAAGCACCCCAACACCGAGACACGUCCUCUCUCCGUACGAGAGGUUUGUGGUCAGAAUCACUAGAUCCCACCGUGGAGGCGACAUUCCUACCACCAUGGGUCCGGAGGAAAUGGACAAGGUGAACUCACGGUUCCGAAUUGGACUGAUGUUUGUCAUGAUGGCACUCACUCUGGGAGUGUGCCUGCGUGCCAUCCAGCAGGGGAAGAGAGAGAAAAAAGCUCACUCUAACGAGAUGGUCUAUGCCAGGAACCGCAACCGAUACAAGUAGCCAAUCUAUACACAGGACACUUAUUUUUGUCUACUGUCAGUGUAAAUAUUCAUGUGCACCUUUUCUGAAUGUACAUGAGCAAAAUCUUGUCAGGGUUUAUUUAAAAGUAUAAUUAUGCAGGUUUAAAAAAAGAAAUUAUGUUGGUUGAGCACAGUAUAACUGAACAACACAGUGUGUCAUGAUGACUGUUUUUGAGAGUCAGCAUGAGACUUAACUAGCCAUACAGCUACACACCUGUCCUUGCUGCCCGACACGAGGACAGAGCCGUCAUCUGACAGGUGGAGACAUGUUACUGUGCCUGUGAGUAGUCAAUAAAACAAACACAUUUGGCAAGGAAACAGUUACACUCAUGCAGCAUACACGUGCAAUUCCACUUCCUCUGAUCAGUAGUGCUCUUGUCUUCGGAUACAUAGAAAGGCUUAUCCAUUACUAACACCAAAUAAUGAUGUAUUGAUUCAGAGACCUGAGUGUGCCUUGUGUCUGGACACCUCGCAAAGAGUUUCAGCCUCCCACACAUGAAUGUCUCCUGACUCCCCACCCAUUACCAGAUGCCCAUCCAUCCACACCACACAUCUACAGAGAGAAGAGAGGCAGUCAGCUUCAGAGGUCACCCUAUACAACAGCAAACUAACUGCAGAAUUUCAGGUGCCCUCUUUGAAAUGACCUCCACCUUAGCAGUGGGGUCAACUACUCGUACAAUACCAUCACCACCACAAGUACA